ACCGAAUUGUAUUAAGGCCAGUUUGAUGCUUGGCGCGUUGUGUUUAGGACGUUGUUUUGGUCCUUCGAGCGACGCCGUGAAUUAAACUUUGAGUUACUAAAAAACUAUGGUGAAUUUUGCGUGAAACCCGAUAGAUACGGUUUAGUGACGGGUAGUGAAUCGAUUCGAUCACUUUGGAUGAUUCUGACCUGUUGGAACAAUGGCUGGAACCAAGGGAUGUUUGAUUGUUGCCAGCAUCUUAGGAUUUGGUUUGAUCAGUUGCCGAGAAGAUAAAUUGGUGUUUACGAAGAGCCCCAAAGACGUUUCGGCUGUUGAGGGCGCAUCAGUAACCCUGCCCUGCAAAGCGACACCUGACGAUGGAAUCGUCUACCUCUGGACACGGGAUGGCUUCACAUUGGAGAACACUACGCGACGUUUCAUGCAAGGCAGCAACUUGCACAUCACCAGGGUGGACAGGGAACGUGAUGCAGGCCCAUUGGUUUGUCAAGCUGAACACAUCACGGGAAAAUACAAGACCGUCCACAGUUCACCAGUUUCCAUCCUCAUUGAAUUUAUCGAAGACCCCACGGUGGUUCUUGUGAAACCCGAUAACGCUACGAAAAUCCGUUUUGGAGAUACAGUGGUACUGGACUGCCAGUUGGAAGCUUCGGGGGAUGUAGACUAUGAGUGGUUCCACAAUGAGAAGCAUUUAUCGAAAGACGACUUGGUCAAUACUGAGCGAGAUGUGGUAAAGGGGCGAGAACUGUUUUUAACGAAGAUUCAAAGCUCUUCUAAUGGGGUUUACAGAUGUCAAGCCCGAAAUUCGGCUGGAUCAAGGAAAAGCGUGAACCGUUUUGUUCUGGCUGUUGAAGCACGAGUUUAAUGAACACAGUUCGCCACAUCAGCGAAUCAGAGUGUUCAGGAACAACGGCACCCUGAUCAUCCUUUCCACGCAAACUUCUGAUCGAGGCGAAUACGUCUGCGAAGUUAUUACUGAAGGAGUACAGCGCACAGCGCUUUCUAAGCCUGCCACCAUAUCAGUUAUUGAGAAACUUCGGUUCGUUCCUGCUCCAGUGAACAAGAAACUGGAACUAGACAGCGUGGCCAAGAUCCAUUGCAAAGCCCAAGGGACCCCUCCACCAAUCAUCCGAUGGGAGAAAAAUGGCAUGGCUUCGGAAAACUUCCCCGCCCAUAUAACCGACAUGAAUGGAACGUUGCACUUUAACAGAGUGACCGCCCGCGAUAAGGGAAAGUACAACUGUAUCGCAAGCAACAGUCAAGGCACCAUAAAUGCCUCAAUCAGCAUUGACGUAGUUGUGGCGCCGCGUUUCGUUGUACCUCCCAAAAGCCCGAUCAAUGUGAGUGAGGGCGAAUCGAUCAUGAUCGACUGUGUGGUGGAGGGAGACCCCGAUCCUACCAUCCAGUGGGACAAAGACCUGAAGAUGAACGACUUUGACUUGACCAGGUUCAGAGUGCUAGAAAAUGGCUCAUUGCAUAUUUCCGAAGUGUACCGGGACGAUCAGAACAAGUACGGAUGCACAGCUGGAAAUAGUGCCGGACUCAAUAGAAAAGAAGUUGAACUCUUUGUAAACGGCCCAGAAGCGGACGCCACAGUAACUAAGGCCUUCCUAAUUACCAUGUCAGUAGCCGGAGCUUACAUUGUCUUGGUGGUCGGCCUAAUGGUUUGGUGUAAAUACGUGAGAAGAUCCAGGAAAUUGCCAAUAGCUGAUGCUAAACUGGAAAAUGGGGACAUGGAAAAUCAGGAAUUGAAAACAGCAGAAAAUGGAAUCGAACUUGCCCCGUCCAACAGAGGCCCGAAUGGCAUCGAAGCGCACAAAGAGGGCCAGAAAAGCGACGGUGCAGAUACUUGCAACUCGCAGGCAUCGAACCAAUCGAAAAAAUCCAAACACAGCUACGAUAAAUUGGCUCUGAGCAGGAGUUUGCUUAAAGACCUCACUUUGAUUGGGCGUGGAGAGUUCGGCGACGUGAUGGUGGCGAAAGUGAGCGAAAGUCACCUGUUUUUGGGCGAAAAAGUGGCGAAGCGCAGCUCGGACGGUUCGACGAAAGAGGAGGACCAGCCGGCUACGAAGGAAGUGGCGGUGUUGGUAAAAAUUCUAACCCAAACCAAAGACGAGAACUGCCUGACGGAGUUCAAGCGGGAGAUUGAUAUGUUCAGCAAACUCACUCAUGAGCACAUCACAAAGCUGUUCGGCUUGUGCAGAGAGCAGGAACCGCAUUAUUUGAUCAUGGAACACACUGAAUGGGGCGACCUGAAAAAGUUCCUGGUAGCCACCCAAUCGGGUAGUCCUCCUCCGCUAACCACGUCUCAAGGUGUCGUGAUCGCCUAUCAGCUCAGUAGGGCAAUGGAUCAUCUCUCCAACCAUCGAAUGGUCCACAAGGACUUAGCGGCUAGAAAUUGCUUGCUCACAUCCAGUUUGGUGGUGAAAGUGGGCCUGCCUCGCAUGACCAAGGAGCCAUACAGUCAGGAAUACUGCAAACACGCAAAUCAAGUGAUUCCUUUGAGGUGGCUACCGUACGAAGCAGUGUACGAGGACGAAUACUCGACGAAAAGCGACGUGUACGCUUUCGCGGUGGUGAUUUGGGAGAUUUUCUCGCAGGGAGAGCUGCCCCAUAGCAAAAUCAACGAUAACAGCUUUUUGGCCAAAUUGAAGGAGAAAAAAUUGGAAUGGAAAGUGCACGGCUCGACUCCUGAAUCGCUACAAAAAAUUCAGGAACUGUGCUGGGAUGUGAAUCCCCAAAACCGCCCAUCAUUUUCACAGCUAUCAACUGAUAUUAGCGAAAUCCUAAAAAAUCUGUAAAUAUUUCCCGCGUCGGUACUUAUUAGGUGUUUCCCAAUCGGUGUGGCUAAUUAUUCAGUUUCUUUCGAGAACUUUUUGGUCAAUUAUUGUCAUUGUAAAUGAUUUCUUCCAAUGAGAAUGAGAAAAUUGUUUUUGCUGAAAACAGCAUUGGCCUAGACAAAGCAAAUCCAAGUUGUAAGACUGUAAAUAUUUAAUUUAUACAACUAUAUUAGAGUAUGCCCAAUUAGGUAAGACAUUAACGAAUUAUUUAAUUCUAGAAAAUAAUUUUAGCUUCCAAAUAUGAAUUUAAUAACAUUUAGAAAUGAAUGCACUGUUGCUCUAUUGUAUCUCUUUAGGAAUAAUUGUUUAUAUGUAUAAAAAUAAGUGCGUGGAUUAAGGAGAUGCGGAUAUUUUCUGUGAACAAGACUUGCCACUUUGAGUAUUGUAAUUAUAAUGGUCAUUUAUUAUUUCGACUGAUCUCAAAUCAUCCUGUUGUAUUUGAAACUGUGGCCGCGUAUUGGCAUUAGAUUUUUGCACAGAUUUUAUUUUGGGAGGCUCACAAGACUUAUUAUUUGUAUCAUCACGAAUUAACGAAUUAAUUAUUGUACAUAUCAGUACUUUUAGAUUGGGAGAUAUACAGAAUAAUAUUGGAAUUGGAACAUUAAAUGCCGAUGACUUUGGAGCAAACAAAGUAGUCUAUAUGAAGCAUAUCAUCAAGUUUUCAAUUGAUUUUGUUCAUAUUUAAAUGUUCAAGCCACCGAAACACUGCCAUAAUACUCCUAUAGGCAAUUAUUGUUACUCCAAGUUUAAGACUGUGCGUUUCUGCAAGCAAAUUGCGAAUUUAUGGUGUGUUUAAGGCAUAUUAAUUUGUUAAACAUCCUCCCUCAAUAUGUCACAUGUUUUUUAAUAGAUGUACUGUGUAGAAAAAUAUAUUAUAUUGUAACAAAUGCCCAUAUUGAAGGAUUAGAACAAGUAGCUAUAAUAUACAAAUCGUAUGUAUUUAUAAUUUUCAAGUAAAAACUGCCAAUUUUUUUGUACUUUUUUAUAUGCUUUUCUAGUUAGUGUCGAAAAUUGUUUAAGAUACCUAUAUCUUCUUCCUACAUAAUGUUGAAAGUAUCUAGGGAUCUGUCCAUGAAUGUUAUAGACCGUACAAGUAUGUAAUAUGUAGCUUACAUAGCCUGUAGCUUUUAUAUUCAUAACGAAUGCGCUAUAGAAUAGUUGUUUUGUUUUCUCUAUUAUCCUGUAAUCAUCCAUAUUGUGAUACAUAUUCUAAACUAUAAUUGUAAUUAAAUAAAAUGUCAUGACAC